AGUAUGUGGUCAUAGAGGGCCACCUGGGAAAGAAAGAAGAGAGAAAAGGAACAGAAUGUCUCUAAUUAUGGACUCACUUGUUAAAACUGACUGAUCUCUAAUAGACAUAUCAAGUCAUGUUCUUCUACUUGGCCAGAAUGUUAGCAUUCCCAAAGAAUGAAACUUUUUGUUUCCUUUGGAUUUCCUGUGUUUUCAUCUCUGCAUCACUUCAGCAAGAACCCGCAGCUUUUCAGUGUGACAAUGGGGUCUCCCUGCCUCCUGACAAUGUAUGUGACUUCACAGAUCAGUGUGGGGACAGGAGUGAUGAACAGCAAUGCUCAAGUUAUGAAAGGUGUGAUUUUGAGGAUGGGCUCUGUAGUAUGACACAAGAUCAUAUUCUGCGACUUGGCUGGACAAAGAGAAAUGGGAUGAGUGGUCUGUCACCUCCAUUUUAUGAUCACAAUGGUAAUGUGUCUGCCCACUUCCUCUCGGUGGUCUCCCAAGUGACUUCUACUGCCUCAAAUUUACGAAGCAGAGUUUUUCUUCCGACGAAUAACCAGCCUGCCUGUCAGAUUACAUUUUACUACUUCUCCAGCCAAGUGAGUGGCAAAUUAACAGCUGGCCUUCAAACUACAUGUGGUGGUCCUAUUGAGCAUUUAUGGCAAAUCACAAAUGGGCUCCCAAAUCAGUGGGAGAGAAAUGUGAUCGAAAUCCAGAGCACCCAAAUAUUUCAGGUUGUUUUUCAAGGUCAAAUGAUUUCAGCUUUUGAACAGGAUGAAGUCAUAGCUAUUGAUGAUAUAUCGUUCAGUUCAGGCUGCUUGCCUUCAAGUGAUGAAAUUUUACCUUGUCAAGAAGAAUCGAAUAUGGAGCAGAAACUAUGCCAUGUUGAUACAAGUCUCUGCAGAUUUGAUUCUACUGAUGAAGGAUCCAGGUUGUGUCAGGCCUGUGGAUUCGAACUGGACACGUGUGACUGGGUGUCAGAAGCAUCUGCUGGGCAAAUUUCCUGGAUGCGCACAAAAGCAAGAGAAGUUCUUACAUUAGAAUCUGUACCUCAGCAGGAUCAAAGUGGUGAUGAAGGUUACUGUAUGUGGGUAGGAGCUAAGCAUGCUUCUGCUCUUAACCAUUUAGACAGCAAAGCUUAUCUAAAUAGCUCUGUGUGUCACUGCUUAGGCAAGAGCUGUCAUCUGCAAUUCUAUUACUCUAUGGAAAACAGUGUUCUGCAAGUAGGACUGUAUAAUAAUAAUAAUAAGGAAGAAGAAAUAUUUUGGACAUACAACACAUCAACUCACAGAAAAUGGGUGAAAGCAGAUGUAUUAAUACCAGAAGGACUGAAUACAUUUAAGAUUACUUUUGAAGGGGCUCUUUUGAGCAAGAAAGGUUUCAUUGGGCUCGAUGCACUCUGGGUCUAUGCGUGUGCGCAGGCCCCCUCCGGACAGCUUUGCUCCGCAGAUGAACUCUCUUGUGCCAGCGGCCAGUGCGUUGCCUGGACAUCGGUCUGUGACUCUCGGCAGGACUGCGCUGACGGGAGUGAUGAAGGUCCUGCGGCUUGCUCAAAUCAUCUCGUGUGUGACUUUGAAUCUGGUUUCUGUGGCUGGGAGCCAUUUCUCACCAAGGAUUCACUCUGGGAAGUCGGGAAAGAUCUGGCCUGUGGAGAGAACCAUCUUUCUGAUGCUGACUGCACCGCAGGCACAAAUCGUGGAGCGUUUAUUUAUUUUGGAGUGCAUCAGUCUCCUGGAGUGGCCAAGCUUGGAAGUCCUAUUCUUAUAAAAUCACUCACUGCCUCUACCCCAUGUCAGGUGCGGUUUUGGUAUCGUUUGUCUCAGCAUUCACAUCUCUCAGUUUUUACAAGAACAUCCCUGGAUGGGAAUUUGCAAAAGCAAGGUGAUCUAACUGGAAUCUCCGAAUCUCAGUGGAAGCAAGCAAAAAUUGAUCUCGAUGAGAUGGAUGGAGAAUCUACUCUGCCUUUUCAGUUAAUUUUAGAAGCUACUCUUUUAUCAUCAAAUGCUACCGUUGCUCUAGAUGACAUCAGUAUUUCCCGGGAAUGUGCAAUUUCACAUAAGUUACUUCCAGCUACCAGCAUACUAAAUAAAGUUUCUAAAUGUGACUUCGAAGAGAAUAGCUGUGGUUGGUUUGAAGCAAUCAGUGGUGACCAUUUUGACUGGGUAUGGAGCUCUAGAAGCAACCUUUCCGCUGAUUUUGAGCAACAGGCCCCACCUCAGGAUCAUACACACAACACAGCUCAAGGGCAUUUUAUGUUCAUUCUGAAGAAAACCAGAAGCUUGUCACAAGUUGCUAAACUCCAGAGCCCAACGUUUAGCCAGACAGGAACUGGAUGCAUACUUUCCUUUUGGUUUUACAACUAUGGCCGGUCAGUGGGAGCAGCUGAACUACAGCUGCACAUGGAGCUAUCCAAUGAUUCCACAGUUCUCUGGAGAGUAUUAUAUAACCAGGGGGACCAGUGGUCACAGGCAGCUGUUCAGCUUGGACGCCUUACUCAGCCUUUCCAUUUAUCGCUACAUAAAGUCAGUCUUGGCAUUUAUGAAGGCAUCUCAGCGAUCGAUGACAUCAGAUUUGAAAACUGUACUCUUCCCCUCCCUGCAGAGAGCUGCGAAGGGCCUGAUCAUUUCUGGUGUCGUCACACCAAGGCUUGCAUAGAAACGCGUCUGUUAUGUGAUCUGGUGGAUGACUGUGGUGAUCAGACUGAUGAGCUUGACUGUGUGCCUGAACUACAGUGUGACUUUGAAAAUGGAAUUUGUAAUUGGGAACAAGACACAGACGAUGACUUUGAUUGGACCUGGAACCAGGGUCCAACUUCAACACUAAAUACAGGACCGAUGAAGGAUAGCACUUUGGGCACUGCCAAAGGACACUAUCUCUACAUAGAGUCUUCAGAGCCACAGGUUUUCCAAAACAGAGCUGCUUUACUCAGCCCAGUCCUUAAUGCUAGUGGCGCAGAGGGCUGCACCUUCCGUUUACAUUACCACAUGUUUGGAAAGCACAUUUAUAGGUUGGCCAUCUACCAGCGAUACUGGAGUAACACAAGAGGACAGCUGCUGUGGCAGAUAUUUGGGAAUCAAGGCAACAGAUGGAUAAGGAAACACCUCACCGUUUCCAGCAGGCAGCCUUUUCAGAUUUUGGUGGAGGCUUCGGUGGGAGACGGCUUCACUGGAGACAUUGCAAUUGAUGACUUGUCAUUUAUGAACUGUACCCUCUACCCUGGUAAUUUGCCAGAGGACCUCCCAACUCCACCAGAAACUUCAGUUCCAGUAACAUUACCUCCACACAACUGCACAGACAAUGAAUUUGUUUGCCUGUCCAAUGGUCACUGCAUUGAAAAAAUACAGAUAUGUGAUUUUAGAUAUGACUGUCCUGAUAAAUCAGAUGAAUCAUCCUGUGCUAUGGAAGUUUGCAGCUUUGAAAAAGGAAACCUGUGUAAAUGGUACCAGUCAAUCUCAGACCAUCUAACUCAAGAUUCAAACACAUUCAGGUGGGGAUUUGGUCAUGGAACCAGUAUUCAUCAUGGAGAAGAAAAUCACAGACCAUUGGUGGAUCAUACAAAAAAUACUGCAGAUGGCUGGUACCUGUAUGCUGAUAGCUCAAAUGGAAAAUUUGGCGAUGUGGCUGACAUCCUCACUCCCGUUAUUUCACGCACAGGACCAAAAUGCAUGCUGGUGUUCUGGACACACAUGAAUGGUGCCACAGUUGGUGCUCUCCAGAUACUUCACAAGAAGGACAAUGUUACCUCCAAAUUGUGGGCUCAAAGUGGGCAGCAAGGUGCACAGUGGAGAAAAGUGCAAGUGUUUUUAGGUGUUCAGUCACAUGUACAGAUUGUUUUUAGGGCAAAACGUGGCAUCAGUUACAUGGGAGAUGUAGCAGUGGAUGAUAUUUCCUUUCAAGAUUGUUCCCCACUACCUAGCCCAGACAGAACGUGUACUGCUCAAGAAUUCACGUGCUCUAACAAGCACUGCAUCUCAGAGGACAAGCUUUGUGAUUUUGUGAAUGAUUGUGCUGAUAAUUCGGAUGAGAAUGCUUUAAUUUGCCGUACCUCCAGGGGGCGCUGUGAUUUUGAAUUUGAUCUUUGUUCCUGGGAGCAAGAGCCGGAUGACGACUUUGACUGGAAUCUGAAAGCCAGCAGCUUUCCUCCCGUGGGCACAGAGCCAGCUGCUGAUCACACCUUGAGAAAUUCAUCUGGUCAUUACAUCUUUAUAAAGAGCUUGUUCCCCCAGCAACCCAUGAGAGCAGCCAGAAUUUCGAGUCCAGCCAUAAGUAGAAGCAGCAAAAACUGCAAGAUCAUUUUUCAUUAUCACAUGUAUGGAAAUGGCAUUGGGGCCCUCACCUUGACCCAGGUAUCAGUCUCAAACCAAACGAAGGUCCUAUUUAACCUCACUGUUGAACAAGGCAAUUACUGGCAGCGGAAAGAAUUGCCACUGUCUGGUGAUGAGGACUUCCAGCUCAAAUUUGAAGGCAGAGUCGGGAAAGGCCACUGCGGUGACAUUGCCCUGGACGACAUUGUGCUGUCCAAGAGCUGUCUACCGUCCCGUCAUACCGUGAAAGAAGAUCUAGCCGUGCCUAUCCCCACAGGUCACUGUCCCCAUGGCUAUCGGGAAUGUCAGAAUGGCCAAUGUUAUGAGCCAGAACAAAGCUGUAAUUUUGUGGAUGACUGUGGAGAUUACACUGAUGAAAAUGAAUGUGGUGCCUCCUGUACUUUUGAAAAGGGCUGGUGUGGCUGGCAGAACUCCCUGGCUGAAAACUUUGAUUGGAUUUUGGGUGUUGGCUCUCAUCAAAGCCUGCGACCCCCCAAAGACCACACACUUGGAAAUGGAGAUGGGCACUUCUUGUACCUGGAGGCUACUCCAGUGGGCCUUCAGGGUGAAGAAGCACACCUCAAGAGUGCCCUGUGGCAAGAAUCCAGUGCUGCCUGCACCAUGAGCUUCUGGUAUUUCAUAUCCACAAAAGCCACGGGGUCCAUUCAGAUUCUCAUUAAGACAGAGAAAGGACUGUCAAAAGUUUGGCAAGAAAGUGGACAGAACUCUGGUGAUCAUUGGCAACAGGCUGUCAUCCUGCUAGGAAAGUUAAGGGAUUUUGAAGUCAUAUUUCAAGGUAUCAGAACAAGGGAUCUAGGAGGAGGAGCUGCAAUUGAUGACAUUGAAUUUAAAAACUGCAUGACUGUGGGAGAGACUUCUGAGACUUGCCCAGAAGCCACAGAUUUUUGGUGCCACAACAAGAAGUGUAUUGCAUCCCACCUUGUGUGUGACUAUAAACCAGACUGCUCGGACAGGUCUGAUGAAGCUCACUGUGUUCAGUAUACAAGUACAGCAGGAAGUUGCAACUUUGAAACAACAUCAGAAACCUGGACCACAGCCUGCAGUCUUACACAAGACACCCAAGAUGACUUGGAUUGGGCCAUUGGCAGCAGAAUUCCUGCUGAAGCACUGAGUCUGGACUCUGAUCACACACCAGGGAGUGGCCAGCAUUUCCUGUAUGUCAACUCCUCUGGUCCCAAAGAAGGAUAUACUGCAAGAAUCACUACUUCCCACUACUUCCCGGCCAGCCUCGGAGUGUGUGCUGUUCGCUUCUGGUUCUACAUGGUUGAUCCCAGGGAUAUGGGGAUAUUAAAGGUGUACACCAUUGAGGAAUCUGGACUGAAUAUCCUCAUGUGGUCAGUGAUUGGGAAUAAAAGAACCGGUUGGAUGUAUGGACAUGUACCUCUCUCCAGUAACAGUCCUUUUAAGGUGGCAUUUGAAGCUGAUUUACAUGGGUAUGAAGACAUCUUUAUUGCUCUAGAUGACAUCUCUUUUACCCCAGAAUGUGUUUUUGGAGGUCCUGUCACAAUACAGCCAUUGCCCUGUGAAGAGGAUCAGUUUUCUUGUACCUACACACUCCAGUGUGUGCCUCUCUCAGCGAAGUGCAAUGGACAAGAAGACUGCAGAGACGGAUCUGAUGAGCUGGGUUGUUCUCUCAGCCCCUCCCCCUGGCUUUGUGGAGAGAAGGAGUUCCAGUGCUCCGCCAGCGAGUGCCUCCCGACCCUCCUGCUGUGCGAUGGGGUGGCCGACUGCCGCUCUCAGGAAGAUGAAUCCGGCUGCUCCAGUGAAAGCUGUUCUGAUGGAGCUCUGAUGUGCACCUCCUCUAACAGCUGCGUCCCAGUUCACGAACGUUGUGAUGGUUUUGCCAACUGCGUGGAUUCCCAACUUGACGAGUCCAGCUGCUCAGAGUGUCCAAAAGGCUACUGCAGAAAUGGUGGGAGCUGUGUGGUGGAGAAAAGUGGUCCUAUGUGUCGAUGUGAACCAGGAUGGAAAGGAAAUCGAUGCCACAUCAAGGUUAACCUACCUACCGCAGAUACCACAUACACUGAGAAUAACAUAUGGACUUUCCUGGGUAUUGGAUUAGUUUUCCUGAUGAUUCAUAUUGCAGUCGCAGUCAUGUGUUUUCUGGGGAACAGGAAAGUGCCAGUAAGGAAAACUAAAGGAAGUGUUCACUGUGCAUUUGUUAAUCCGGUUUAUGGGAACUGGAACAACCCAGAGAAAACAGAGAAUUCUGUAUACUCCUUCUCAAAUCCACUAUAUGGCACAACAUCAGGAAACCUGGAGACCAUAUCAAAUCAUCUCAAAUAGUACCAUCUAAUCAUCUAGUAUGUAUAGUUUAUAGAAAAUCCCAGUCUGAAAUCUGAUAGAAACUCACCACAUGCAAUAGUAAAGAUAGAAGAGAUUCAGAAUGCUAGUACAAUUAUUACAUCUACAAAUAAAUUUUCUUACUGAAAAUAUUGAAUGUUUUCAUGGAAUCUAAAUCAGAAUCUUUGUUACAUAUCUGAAUAUUUUAAUAAAAUGUUCUAUUU